AUGCAAGCGGUUAAGAUCUGUGAGUUGUACGGUCGAGAUUCACGCAGAAAAAUCGGAUUCUUUGCGAUCUCUUCAGCAGUUAAUGCUGAAUAUAAACUCGACCCACUACUCUUCUCUUUAACCGUGCCCACGUUUUUGAAAAGGUUGUUUCGAUUUCGGAUUUCUCCAAAAACUCUUUCAACCUCUUUUUCCUCCGUCUCUUCCUCCGACUAUCAUGCCUCCGAAGAAUCGUCAAGCAAGAGAAGGGAAAGGCCGUCGACCUCGGCGGUGACGGGAAUUCACGCCGCACGCCGAGACGACGCUCGACGCCGAAAGCCUCGACACUUCCGGCAGGAUUUCGGGAUCCCGGAUGAGAUCGAACUCGUUCUCCGGCUGAGGGAGAGGACCCGGAGCAUGUUCCGUCCGGGGUUUUGCUGCGCCUAUACGUCGUAUUGGCGGAGCGCCGGGAUGAUUUUCCCGGUCCCUCGUUUUCUGAUGGAAGCGCUCGCUCAUUAUAAGAUGGCGUUUCCACAGAUGCACCCGAGCUUCGUCCGCCACGUGAUAGGAUGUGCGGUUCGAGCUCGGGAAGAGGGCGUCUCGUUCGGUGUUCGAGAUCUGAGAAAGCUUUUCUCGGUGAAGAACAACACCAGGCUUCCGGGUCGUUUUACUCCUCGCCGAGGCCGAAUCGGCGAAUAUUCACGAACACCCCGCAGAGGGAUAGCGACGAGAUGUUCUUCUUCCGGGUCAGCGAGGCCACGAUGGGCGACUUCGACUUUGGUCGAAUCCGAACGGAGUGGGCGACUAGCGUUGGUUAGCUUAGGCCGAUUUCCGUUUAGGAUAGCCGAUACCUCGCUUGACUUACGGAAUACCUCGUUUAUUGAUGAUUUUUUUUUUUUUGCAGUUGUAGAUCCAGUACCGAACAACCCGGGGAUUGAUUACCUCGUCGAGCGACUCGGAAGGGAAAAGGUGAACUGGAGUACUUUUACUCCGGAACGGAUCCGUCGAGUUCUCAGCUCUCCUCCUGCUCCUCCUCCAGCUGAUCUUCCGGUUAGAUCGGCGCAAGAUUCUAGCUCUGCUUCUUCUGUUCCUCCUCUCUCACGCAGAUCGAAAAUGACCUCGUCGUCAGCCUCUCAGAUCCCGGACCGCAAAGGUGCCAAAGGCGCCUUCCUCGGGUGGAAGUCGAGUUCGUGCCGGCGAGUUCGUAACGGCGGUGGAGGAGGCUAUGGCUUCGAAGCCCACGGUGGGGUCUUCUGCCCUUGCCGACCAGGUCACUCGAGGCAGGCGCCGAAGCGAGCUCGGAGUGACGAUGGAGAGACUCGUUCUCGCGAGGGCGGCCCGACUGCCUCGAACGGGAGCGGGGGAAAGCCGCCGUUUUACUGGCAGUACGAGAACUCCAGAGGCUUCCCCGUUCAGGACGACGAGGAGGGAACAGCUCGCAUUCAGCUCCACUUCAAGCCCGUCGGAUGCCGGCUCCCGUCCCUGAACCAGAUGUCUGAGAAGGAGCUCUACAUCGCGACGUGCGCUGCGAGCGGGAGGGCUGUGGCAGCUCGUAACAUGUUGGUGUCCCGCCUGGAGUCGAGGAUCAGAGACGCGCCUCAGCAGAAAGAGCUCGAUCAGGUGAAGGAGCUCGUUGCCAAGUUGACCUCCGAUCUCUCUGCGGCGAACGAGCGGGUAGCUCGUCAGGGUGAGCUCUUGAAGAAACACACCUCGCAGGAGGGUCGUGUGAAAGAGCUCGAGACCAGGGAGGCCGAUCUCUUGCGCCAGCUGUCCCAGAAUCAGGAGCAGAUGGCGGCUUUGCAGAAGGAGAGCUCGAGUGCGCUGACGCAGUCGCUUCGCCUUAGCCGGGAGAACCAGGUACUCGUCGCCGAGAAGGACAACAUAGCUCGCCGUGCCAACCGCGCAGGUCGGAGGGAGAUGGUCGCGAAGCAUCGGGAAGUGCUUGAAUCGGCUAAGGCAAAGUUCGAGGAGAAGAGGGUGGAAGGUGAGAAGGAGGGCGAUCAGAUCGAACUCCAGUCCAACAUCGAUCUCCUUACGUCGCUGAUCUCCGGUGCGAUCAACCAGGAGGAAGAGCUCGCCAGGUUGAAGGGGCUCGAGGAUGAGGUGGCCGAAGCAGCCAAGGCGGCCCAAGUCUCCGAUUUCUCGAUCGGGAAGUUUAACCUUCCCGUGGUUUCGGAGGACUCGGUCGCGCGCAUGGAGAUCGACCCAUCGACGAGCAUCCCGGUUGGCUUGAACCCGUUCGGGACGAAUGCCGAAGAGAAGGGAAGCAACGAGGAGGAAGAGAAGGAAGAUGAAGAGAUGACCGUCGAGGACUGA